AAACCAUAUUCAACACCCCCUUCUAAUGUUUUUCGUUCCUUCACUUUUCUCGCUUAUGCUUCUCCGACAAGAAUAUGUAUCAAAUUAAAAUUCCACUUUACCAUUCAAAUCCAUCAAAUCAGGGAGCUUAACAUUUUCUACUAUUGACAUAGAUGACCAAGAACUUUCCAACGAUGAACUAUCAUACAACCAAUUCUACCCCAAAUCAGAAUAGAUUCUUUCGAUCUAAUAUUCCACAUAUAACCUCCUCGCACAACAAACUUAAAACUUCAAAUACUUCAUCACACAUAAUUGUGGUUAUGUCCAAUAGUCGGAAAAUCACUUCUAAGAAAAUAUUUAGCAUUGAAUAAUAAUAGUAAAAGAAAACAUUGUACGGUGAGAAAAGAAAAAAAAGUUUGAAUGGUGUUUGAUUAUGGCUUCCUAAAAACCCGAAACCCAAUUUCUCAAUCACAGAUCUCAAUUCUCAACUUCAUCAUCAUCCAUGUCGAUAUUAGCAACCAUGGAUUUACCUACCAUUGAUGUGGACCUUGGACCUAACAAGAUUCAAGAUGAAAAACAAGCAGGUCCGUUGUUUCAUUGCGAUCUUUGCGAUACAGAAGUAGUUCACAAACUGGCUCAAAUGUUCCUUCCAGGAUUAGCUUCUGCUUGUGUUGAUAACACAACAGGAGGUCUCUUCAAAACUCCUGGUUCCGUCACCGUUGAUUUGAGAAAGGAAAUGAUUGAAUAUCUUACCAUGAGAAGUGAAUCAUUUGUUGCUGAGUCUGUUAUCUUGCAGGAUGGACCGGACGGCGAAGUUUCCGAUCAUCCGUUUGAUAUUAUUUCCAAUUUCGUUGACGAUUUCGCGGGAUCCAAGAGGAAUUUCUUUAGCCGUGUUUCGGCCUGGCUUUUGAGCGAAAAGAGAGAGGAUAAGAUCGAUGAUUUUAUUCAGGAGAUUGAUAUGAAUGGUUUUUGGACUCUUGAUAGGAGAGAAGUGAUUGCGGAAACUCUGCUUAAGAAUGUUGAUUUUAAGAACUUGUAUCAUUGCACGGAGAGUUUUAAUGCUUCUCAAGAGCUUAGCAAUCAUGUUCUCGCUUGCGAUUUUAGACCUCUGAUAUGUCAGAAUCAGGGAUGCAAUGCUAGGUUUUGUGCAGGUCUUUUGAAGAAGCAUGAUUCGGCUUGUCCUUUCAAGAUUAUUCCGUGUGAACAGAGGUGUUCGAGUAGCAUUAUGAGACGGGAUAUGGAUAGGCAUUGUAUAACUGCGUGUCCGAUGAAGCUUGUGAAUUGUCCGUUUUAUGCAGUCGGUUGUCGGUCUGCGGUCGCGCAAUGUAUGAUUGAAAAGCAUUGUUCGGAUGACUUUGAAUCUCACUUGUGGCACUUGCUUAAAGGCACCUACAAGGAAGUGUCUGGGGACGAUCUUCAACGACGGGUGGUGCAAAUUGUGCAGGCAUCACCAAGCAGCAAUUUAUCAAGGGCUCGAGAUGUUAGAUCUUUGACCUUCAUUGUCAAGAAUAUCGAAUCUACACUGGGGCCUAUGGAGAUUACUGUUGAGCAGAAAAACAGUGAAGAGAAUAUUACCAAGAAAGAUGAUAGUGAUGACACCAAUACGAAUAAUGAUGGUGAACAGAACACGCAAGCGGCAGAUAUGGUUAGUUCAUCAGAUAAAGCCGGAAUAAGUGACAUAUCUAUGCAUACUGCAGACAGUACUGUCAAGAGUGAAGAAAGUGAAAAUAUUCGCAUUGAAGAGAGGAUGCAGACUUCAAAUAUCACAAAGCUACCCGAUGAAGCUGAAACUGUCAAUGUGAGGGAAGGCGUUACACAGAAUUACAAGGAGAACAACGACGCUACUGCUAGGGAAUUUGAGUUAAAGGGCAACGAAGAGGAUACACAGACAAAUAAGGAAAGAUUGGCUGAAGAAAUCAGUGCCGCAAACGAGGACUAUGUACAUAAUAAUAAUAGCAUAAAAAAUGGACAUAUUGAAGAUAAUGAUAAUGUACCAAGCACACAAAAUUCCAACAUGGAAACAGCGGGUAAUGCAGAAAAUAAUCUCAAGAACAAAGAUAAUGUACAGAGCAUACAUAAUUCAAAUAUGGAUACAACAGGUAGUGCAGAAAGUAAUGUGAAGAACAAGGAUACUGAAGAUGAUAACUUAAAAUAGAGCACACAAACUGCAAAAGUAUGAAACAUAUCAUCUAUCAGACAUAUAUACUUCCAAUACAGCAGAGAGUGAAAUUCACAGUAUAGACAUAUAUACUUUCAAACCAGUUCAUCACAUGAAAGUGAAGAUUGAAAUCACUUCCAAUAAUGCUAUCCUGCUGAAUCUUUACAGGCAGAGAAGGUUUUUGAAUUUGCAAGUAAUGUACAUGCUGGUUCAUUUUUGCUUGAAUCUUUAUUAUUUUCACAUCGACUAGUUAAUCAUUUUUGUACCUUCUACAGACAAACAUCUUCAUGAUCGUUCAACUGCUUUAAAGUGGGGGAACCCUUUUAUUCUUGUUGCAUAUAUAAUGACAGUGUACAACUUUUAGAUCAAGGCGAUAAAUAGGCAUUUGCAAUAUGA